CAUGACUGAAAACAAAUCAACAAAAAACAAAUUGGGAGAUUUUCUCAACUUUUACAUGUAUCACCCAUUCUAUAAUGAACAUACCCUGGAGAUCGUUAGUUAAAUGAAAUUAAACUACAGGUUAUUAUAAUUAUGUCGGUGAAUAGUAUAAAGACAAACAUGGUAAAGGUACACAAUAAUAAGAUGUUUUACAAAGAAUCAAAAGAGUAACAGAAAAACAAUUAUACAUCUUCAAGGAUUUUUUACUGGCUCUUAAAUUACAAUCAAGAUUUCUACUGGAUGAAGACAUCAAGAAAUCAUGAGUUUCAAUUCGGAGGAAUCCGAAUCUACACCACUUUUACGUGGUCAUCGUGUGUCCGUACAAACAAGAGGCCUAGGUUGUCGAAGAAAAAUGGUGCAAGUUGGAAAAUUAGCUAGGAAGCAUAUAAGUAAUGCAUGCUGUAAUCGUGAAGUUUGGAAAACAAGAUUUCCUAUUACAAAAUGGAUAUUGAAAUACAGAGUCAAUGAUCUUACUUCAGAUUUUAUAGCAGGACUAACGGUUGCUAUGACAGUAAUACCACAGGGACUUGCUUACUCCACUUUAGCAGGUCUUCCGCCACAGUAUGGUUUAUACUCUGCUUUUAUGGGUUGUUUUAUAUACACAUUUCUUGGAACGUCAAAAGAUAUCACCCUUGGUCCUACAGCUAUAAUGUCACUGAUGACAGCAACGUUUGCCAUGUCACCGAUCAAAGGAGAUGCUACUUAUGCUAUUUUGUUAUGUCUCAUGACCGGAGUUGUACAACUUGUUAUGGGAUUGCUUAAUUUAGGUAUUUUAGUAAAUUUUAUAUCACAUCCUGUGAUAAAUGCCUUUACUUCUGCUGCCGCCAUUACAAUAGCCUUUGGACAAGUUAAGGGAAUAUUAGGUCUGAAAAAUAUACCAAGAGAUUUUCUGGAGAUGGUGUAUGAAACUUUUAAACAUAUACCAAAGACAAAUGUAUGGGAUUUAACAAUGGGAUUAUCAAGCUUAGUUUUAUUAAUCUUAAUGAAGAAAUUGAGAGUAAUACAAUGGAAAGACGAUCCUGGUACUACCCCCUCACGCUGUGUAAAAGUUGCUAGAUAUAUUCUCUGGUUGGUUGGAACAAGCGCCAAUGCAAUAGUUGUAAUAUCUGCCUCAGGAAUAGUAGCCAUUUUACUUAGUUACGAUGUAGACAAGCUUACAAUUACCGGCCAUAUAAAAAGUGGAUUACCGCCAGUAAAAGUCCCAGCAUUCUCUGUCUCUGAUGGUAACACAACCAUCAGUACCUCGGAAAUUUUUACGGGAAUAGGAGCAGGAUUUAUCAUUGUUCCAUUACUUGGUCUUGUAGAACUCAUAGCCAUUGCCAAAGCAUUUUCAAGAAGAAAUAAUUAUAAAAUUUAUCCUAGUCAAGAACUCAUUGCCAUUGGUAUAGCCAAUAUAGUUAGCUCAUUUUUUUCAUCAUACCCAGUCACAGGCAGUUUUUCAAGAACUGCAGUAAAUUCACAGAGUGGUGUUAGGACUCCAGCUUCUGGAAUAGUCACUGGUGCAAUAAUACUGUUGGCGUUACAAGUGUUAACGCCAUUGUUUAAAUACAUUCCUAAAUCUGCCUUGGCAGCUGUUAUCAUCUCAGCCGUAAUACAGAUGGUUGAUUAUGAAAUUCCACGAACAUUAUGGCGAGUGAAAAAACUUGACCUUAUACCUUUAGUAAUAACAUUUAUUUCCUCGCUGGCAGUUGGAAUAGAAUAUGGCAUUAUAAUUGGUGUUGGUAUUUCUUUGAUUAUGUUGUUGUAUCCCAUGGCCAGACCAAAAAUUAAGAUAGUACCAACUGAUGCAAACAACAUAUUAGUAUUAAAAAUAAAUCAUGGUUUGAAUUUCCCAGCUGUUGACUAUAUUCUAGAAGAAAUGGAACAUCUGUCAGAAAAAGACGGCAGAUACCAAUCAGUUGUUUUAGAUUGCAGUCAUAUAUCAGAAAUAGACUUUAGUUCUAUACAAUGUAUAAAAGAAAUGAUUGUUGAGUUUGCUAGAAGAGAUUCAAAGAUUGUCUUUGCCUGUAUUACAGAAAAAGUAUUUCAAUACAUAGAGUAUGCAGACAUUAAUGACCUUGUGGUCAGUGCUACAAUAAAAGAUGGCUGUAGGAUAUUACAAGAUGAGUUAAAGAAAGAACUUCAGAAUGGUGAAUUAUCACAUACCCUCGGAGAAGCUACUGUUAUUGUUGAUAUUAGCAGCCAUUUGUAAUAUUGAACUAUGUGAGAUUAUUAAAAAAAAAUCAUUGUAAAUACCAUAAUUCAUCAGACUAACUUCAUCUUUGUAUAAUGUGAUAAAUAUUUCAUAAAAGUAUUUUUAUCAAGAAUUGUCUAAAUAUGAUCAAAUAUUUAGACAUUUUCUUGAUGAUUGAAUAAUGUAAUUGUAUAUUUUUUCAAAUGGCUAAUGUUGGAUAUUAUAUUGCUCCAUUUUAUAAAUGGUACUACCAUCAUGAACUAGUUACAAAAUGUUGUAUUAUGUAGUGUUGAAGUUAAAAACUUUAUCGUUGAUUUCAUGUCAUUAUCUCGAGCUGUGAUUUUAACUAUGGUAAUUACUAUUUUUACAAAUGGAGGCAUUUUAAAUAAUUGUAUGUAACUUGAACUUGUUAGAUAUUGUUUAAUUAAAAUGGUUUAUAUUGCCUUUGUGAACAAAUAACCAGAAUUAUGCUUUAAGAAUUUAUUUCUUGUAAAAAGUGUGAAAAUGUCUUUGUUGGGAGAUAAAUGCUUAAGAAAAGCUGAAAGGUUGUAUGAGUACGCAUUUUCUAUUAAAGUUUCACAACAUUAUGAAUAAUAAAUUGGAUUUCAUGCUUUAUUAUCAUAAUGACUUUCCCCUUCUUUAAAUUAUCUGAAUUACUUCCCCUUUCUCUUACUUAUCUGAAUUACUUCCCCUUUCUAUAUUCAUUUGACUUGAACUAGUAUUUGAAAAGAAAUAUAUAAAUUUACUCUUAGGGAUAAAGAAUAAAUGUAAUCAAUGAAUAUGCAAACUUUAUCCCUAAGAGUAAAUUUAUAUAUUUCUGUUCAAAUACUAGUUCAAGUCAAAUAAAUAUAGAAAGGGGAAGUAAUUCAGAUAAGUUUUCCAUGUUAUAAGCCACUUGAUUUUGUUUAGAAUACAAUUAGUAAUCUAGUGUUUUUCUUCUUAAAAUCACAAGAUUUAAAGUGUAAUGAAGAAAGAAUAUUUUUUCUUUAGCACAGUGAUUAUCUGCGACAAUAUAGAUUUAAAGAUUAAAGCAGACAUAGAUGAAUGAUUUUGUUUGGAAAUUAAACUUAAGGAGGAUGUUUUGUUUUUUUGUUUAUAAGUGCUUGUUAAAAAUGUGAUCAAUAUUUGUUUUAUAAGAAUAUAUGUAUUUUGUAAAUGAUAAUUAUUAUUAUGUAUUUAUAUGAAUUUUAUAUGAAUAAAACUAAACAUAAAUUA